GCGAGCCCGAGCAGGCAGACGCGCGGCCGGCGGUCGGGGGGCGCGCCGCCUCCCGGCCCCAAAAAUGUGAAGCGGGGAGGGCGGAGACGCAGAGACGGCCCGGCUGGGCGCCCUCGCCGCCCUCCGGCAGCCGCGCCGCUCCCCUUCCCCGCCCGCAGAGGCUGCGCCGACCCCGCCGGCCGCGGCCAGAGCAGCGAAGCCGCCGAGUCCCCGCGCCCCCCCGCCUCGCUCGGACCCGGCUUUGGCCCGCAGCGGGUUCGCUGCCGGGACGUGGCGGGAGCAGGGCCCGGGACGGUGCGUCUGGCCUCGCCCGCGGCUCCUCGCCCAGACAAGUUUGAACAAUGAUCACAGUCAACCCCGAUGGGAAGAUAAUGGUCAGAAGAUGCCUGGUCACCCUGAGACCGUUUCGGCUCUUUGUCCUGGGCAUCGGCUUCUUCUCACUCUGCUUCCUGAUGACGUCUCUGGGAGGCCAGUUCUCUGCCCGGCGCCUGGGGGACUCCCCCUUCACCAUCCGCACAGAAGUGCUGGGAGGGCCGGAGUCCCGCGGCGUCCUGCGCAAGAUGAGCGAUCUGCUGGAGCUGAUGGUGAAGCGCAUGGACACGCUGGCCCGGCUGGAGAACGGCAGUGAGCUGCACCGGGCUGCUGGGGACCAGCACUUUGCUGUGGACAGGUUUCCCCCUGGGGCCGGCCUCAUGGAGCGGAUCCAGGCCAUCGCCCAGAACGUGUCCGAAAUCGCCGUGAAGGUGGACCAGAUCCUGCGCCACAGCCUGCUCCUGCACAGCAAGGUGUCUGAAGGCCGGCGGGACCAGUGUGAGGCGCCCAGUGACCCCAAGUUCCCUGAUUGCUCAGGGAAGGUGGAGUGGAUGCGUGCCCGCUGGACCUCGGACCCCUGCUACGCCUUCUUCGGAGUGGACGGCACUGAGUGUUCCUUCCUCAUCUACCUCAGUGAGGUUGAGUGGUUCUGUCCCCCGCUGCCCUGGAGGAACCAGACGGCCGCCCAGAUGGCCCCCAAGCCCCUCCCCAAAGUCCAGGCAGUUUUCCGGAGCAACCUGUCCCACCUCCUGGAGCUGAUGGGCAGUGGGAAGGAGUCUCUAAUCUUCAUGAAGAAACGGACCAAGCGGCUCACGGCCCAGUGGGUGCUGGCUGCCCAGCGGCUGGCACGGAAGCUGGGAAGCGUCUGGAGGGACCAGAAGCAGAUUCUUGUUCACAUCGGCUUCCUGACGGAGGAGUCUGGUGACGUGUUCAGCCCGAGAGUGCUAAAGGGCGGGCCUCUGGGUGAGAUGGUGCAGUGGGCAGACAUCUUGGCCACUCUCUACAUCCUGGGCCAUGGCCUGCGGAUCACAGUGUCCCUGAAGGAGCUGCAGAGUAACUUAGGGGUGCCGCCAGGCCGGGGGAACUGUCCGCUCACCAUGCCCCUGCCUUUCGACCUCAUCUACACUGACUACCACGGCCUGCAGCAGAUGAAGCAGCACAUGGGACUGUCCUUCAAGAAAUACCGGUGCCGAAUCCGGGUCAUUGACACCUUCGGGACAGAACCCGCAUACAACCAUGAGGAGUACGCCACGCUGCAUGGCUACCGGACCAACUGGGGCUACUGGAACCUCAACCCCAAGCAGUUCAUGACCAUGUUCCCUCACACCCCGGACAACUCCUUCAUGGGUUUCGUGUCUGAGGAGCUCAACGAGACGGAGAAGCAGCUCAUCAAAGGCAGCAAGGCCAGUAACAUGGCCGUGGUGUACGGCAAGGAAGCGAGUAUCUGGAAGCUCCAGGGGAAGGAGAAGUUCCUGGGCAUCCUGAACAAGUACAUGGAGAUCCAUGGCACCGUGUACUAUGAGAGCCAGCGGCCCCCUGAGGUCCCGGCCUUCGUGAAGAACCACGGCCUCUUGCCACAGCCCGAAUUCCAGCAGCUGCUACGCAAGGCCAAACUCUUCAUAGGCUUUGGCUUCCCUUACGAGGGCCCCGCGCCCCUGGAGGCCAUCGCCAACGGCUGCGUCUUCCUCCAGUCCCGCUUCAGCCCGCCCCACAGCUCACUCAACCACGAGUUCUUCCGAGGCAAGCCCACCUCCAGAGAGGUGUUCUCCCAGCAUCCCUAUGCAGAGAACUUCAUUGGCAAGCCCCACGUGUGGACCGUCGACUACAACAACUCGGAGGAGUUUGAAGCAGCCAUCAAGGCCAUCAUGAGAACCCAGGUAGACCCCUACCUGCCCUACGAGUAUACCUGUGAGGGGAUGCUGGAGCGAAUCCAUGCCUACAUCCAGCACCAAGACUUUUGUGCAGCCCCAGGCCCUGCCCCACCAGGGGCCCGGGCCCCACUGAGUCCCUUCGUCCUGGCCCCCAAUGCUACCCACCUGGAGUGGACCCAGAAUGCCAGCUUCGCCCCCGGGGCCUGGCCCCCAGCACACUCCCUCCGGGCCUGGCUGGCCACCGCUGGGAGGGCCUGCACGGACGCGUGCCUGGACCACGGGCUGAUUUGCGAGCCCUCUUUCUUCCCCUUCCUCAACAGCCAGGACGCCUUCCAGAAGCUGCAGGUGCCCUGUGACAGCACCGAGUCAGAGAUGAACCACCUGUACCCGGCCUUCGCCCAGCCCGGCCACGAGUGCUUCCUGCAGAAGGAGCCUCUGCUCUUCAGCUGUGCAGGCUCCAGCACCAAGUACCACCGGCUCUGUCCCUGCCGAGACUUCCGGAAGGGCCAGGUGGCCUUGUGCCAGGACUGUCUGUGAGGGCGCCCACCCGUCUGGCCCUCCCUGCCGCCGGAGAAAGCACCAGCAGAUUC